AUGAUGAACUCUACACAGGUUUCAUAUUUCACACUUGCUGCCUACUUUGACACUGGAACUUUUAAGUACUUCUAUUUCAUGAUUGUUCUCUCUUUAUACAUUUUUAUUGUCAGCAUAAACAUUUUCCUGAUAGUGAUUAUCUGUAUGAACAGAAGUUUACAUGAACCUAUGUACCUGUUUCUGUGCAGCCUGUUUGUAAAUGAACUGUAUGGUAGUACAGGGUUGUUUCCAUCUCUUAUGGUUCAGAUCCUCUCUGACAUUCACACUGUUCCUGCUUCUUUUUGUUUCCUGCAGAUUUAUUGUGUUCACACGUAUGGAGCUGUAGAAUAUUUAAACUUAGCCAUCAUGUCUUAUGACAGAUACCUCGCUAUCUGUUAUCCUCUACAAUAUAACACACGUAUCACAUCUAACAAGAUUGCCAUGCUUAUAGCUGUAACAUGGCUCUACCCUUUGCUUGCAUGUAUUGUCACAAUAUAUUUGAAUUCCCAUUCACAGCUGUGUGGGAACAUCAUUUACAAAGUUUACUGUGAUAGUCACUCUGUUGUCAAGCUUGCAUGUUCAGAAUCCCUUGUAGCUAAUAUAUAUGGGCUUAUUGCAUCUUUCGGCACAAUCUUUGGUGCUUUGAUUUUUAUUAUAUUCACUUACAUUAAAAUUUUUCUAGUUUGUUUCUCUGGUUCUAAGCAGACCAGACAAAAAGCUGUCAGUACCUGCACACCUCACCUUGCUUCUAUCAUUAACUUUUCUGUUGGGGCUAGCUUUGAAUUAUUACAGAGCAGGUUUAACAUGACAAGAGUCCCAAAUAUGUUGCGAAUUUUCUUAUCAUUAUACUGGCUUACAUGCCAGCCACUCUUCAACCCUGUAAUGUAUGGCCUGAAUCUGUCCAAAAUCCGUAUGACUGGUAAAAGUCUGAUAUCAAAUGUAGGCUAUUAA